AUGGCCACGUUCUACAUUAUAGCGCCCAUUGUGGCGCUGAUGUUGUCUACAGUCUCGGCAGCACACGUAUCGCCGAAGACAGUGUGCAAAUCCAUGACUUCCGCGGGUAUGAACCACAAAUGCAAGUUUGGGAUUGCUGCGAACGCCUUGAACAAUAACGUGGGAAGGAAGCUGAGCAUAUCGAAGUCUUUCCGCCUCGGCGAUGUCGACCUCACGUGCUCCCUGCGCAGUCCUGAUGUUGACCCUUACAGCGGAUGCGGCACGCAGCUUGUGCCAAUCAAUGUGAGGCGCCAUGAGCCGCUUGCGAGGAUCGAGGACGCUAAGUUGGAGCAACUCGUUGACGAGUUCAAAGUUGAGGGAACUAUUGUACUUGACGGGGCAAACUCGCUGAUGGGAAGUGUAUGUGUUGACAUACCGAAAGCGUGCCAUUACACUGUGACCUCGAAGGGUAGGACCGUUAGUCAGGGCAUCCUGGACUUGGCUGAUACGCUGCGACGCGUGGACUUUGCCUAUCAGCACGCGGAUAUGGUGCUGCAUGCUACCCACAACAACCGCUCUCACGAGUCAUCCGUUGAGCUGCUCAAACGGAUGGAGGAUCUGUAUAUCUUGCAUGGCAAGUACGUUCACAUCACGCCCAAGGUCGAGCUGGUCUUCGAUCCGCGCCUGAGUCCGAAGUCAAACUUCUGCCUUGGCAUCCACCGCGGCAAGGACACCAUCACCCCUAUAUUCUACCCUAUGGAAAAGAAGGUCGAGGUGCUGGUCGAGAAAACCAUCACUGAGGGACUCAAGGCGGGGGUAUUCUGGAGCAAGGAUAACCGCCUUUACCUGAAUCUCAGCCUCAGCAUGCCAUGGGGAAAGAACGGCUGGCAAAACAUCGCAUUCAGGUUCGUCUUCCCGGAGGUAGCCAGGUCGCACGUACACAUGCUAAACGAAGUCAAAUUUUGA